AUGCUCCUGUGUAGCUACCGCUCAACGCUCCGAAAGGCACGGCUAUCAGCAAAGAAGAACUUGGAGCGAGCUCGGAGGUUAGAAAGAGAGCUUAUGGUGCAAUCCUUCGCAGAACCCAUCUCCGAGACAAAUACAUCUGCAGGCGGCAGCACCGAAGAAUCACAAGCAGUUGCUCGACCCACACGACACACCUACAGCCAAAAUCGACAACUACAAUCGAGUCUAUCGGAGGAAGACCGGCAGACAGUCGGGGCAAGCAGCAAUGUCACCAAUGCCCUGCGGCGGACGCACGCUCUCAUUGCGGCGGAGUUGACCAAGAGCGAGUUCGCGCGGCAGACGCUGACGGAGUCGUCGGCCGCGCUGAAGAAGCUGGAUGACUCGUAUACCUCGCUGGAUGGCAUGCUGGCGAGCUCCCGAGACCUUUUGGGCACGCUGCUCAAGUCUCAGAAGAGCGACACGUGGUAUUUGCAGACGACAUUGUACAUGCUCAUGGUGACUGCAGCGUGGCUCGUGUUUAGGAGGCUUUUGUACGGACCGCUGUGGUGGCUUGUAUGGUUGCCAUUGCGGAUUUUGUUUGGGGUUGGUACCAAGGCAGGGAGUGCGGUGAUGCAUAGUCGGGGGCCUGGACAGUCUGGCAAAGCUGGAGUUGUAAUCGAUAAUGAGAUUAGAGUGGAUGGACUACCGGAUGAGAGCUUGCCAACAGCAGUGGUUGGACGAGAAUCGAAAGCGGCGGAGGCCGAAGGUGAGUCUAUGGUUGAGAAAGUAGGCAAGAUUGUGGAUGCUGUACAUGAAGCGGACGAGCUGGGUUCGAUACCGGAAGAGCAUGAGGAAGAUCAUGGCGACGAUGUACAAGGAAGAGAAGCUGCAGAGGUCGUCGUAGAAGACUCACGUCCUAGGGAUGAGCUAUGA